AUGUCCAUCACAGACAUGGCUCACUGUGACACGUACCUUGCGUUGUCCUAUGUCUGGGGUUCUACCAGAGGUCUCAAUCUUCAAAAACAAAACCUGGCAGAUCUGCUCAUGCCACGUUCGCUCAACCAUCACUGGCCGCAGAUUCCUCGGACCAUUCGUGACGCUAUCAUUCUCACCGCCAAGCUAGGUUUCCGCUAUCUAUGGGUAGAUGCUCUUUGUAUUGUACAAAAUGACAAGGAGGGCAAGAUGAGAGACAUUGAACGAAUGGCAGCGAUCUACUGCAAGGCACAAUUCACGAUCGUUGCUGCUGGUGGCAAUAAUGCAGACCACGGCCUGACUGGAGCUGGAGAAUCUCCCCGCUCGUUAUGUCACCAAAUAAUUCUUCGUUUUUCGCCGUCCGCGGAGUUCAUUAUUUACCCGUCCCAAACCCUGGACGAGUCAGCAACGAAGUAUUUUCAGAGAGCUUGGACAUUCCAGGAGUAUCGACUUCCGAAUCGUUUGCUUGUGUUCUUCAAUGGCACGGCUUCAUGGAAAUGUAGAAGACUUGAAUGCAGCGAGGGUUUGAUGGGACCCAGGCAGAUGCUUCAUCUACCACGGAACGGACUCAAAUCGGAUUCGACAUGGCCCAAUUUCACGCAAUACACAGAUCUUGUUGCCGCUUACAAUGGUCGCGAAUUAAGCUAUGAAGGAGAUAGCCUAUCCGCCUUUUCAGGGGUCCUUGAAGCCAUCCAACACCAAUUUCCGUCUGGGUUCAUACAAGCUCUGCCUGAGUUCUACUUCGAUCUUGCUCUUCUGUGGCAGCCCAGGAAGCCUCUCCGCAGGAGACCGAGCGAUCUCGAUUUUGCGACUCCAAGCUGGUCGUGGAUUGGUUGGUCAGGAUCUCUAGAUAUGAGAUACUGUGAGCAUGGCUUCGAGCAUCCCAUACUUCCACUUCACUCUGACUAUUCAACAAGCUGGUCAGCUAUGUGCCAUCCUGUAACUGACUGGUACAAGACAACUGGCCCAUUUGACAAGAGAUACCCGGUGAACAACGGUUACAUUAUGUACCACAAGCUGAGAGUUGGUCGCGUUGAUAACAGCCCUAAUCAAGACAAACUGAAAGAAACGCAAUUUGUGCCCUCGGAUAUCACUGAAACUGGCUGGCAUGUCUCGAAACACUUCGAAAAGUGGCCUAAGGGUCGUUCUGAGGCACAGCUGUAUUAUCGUUCCCCGUUGAUAAGCGAAGCUUUCUCCUACCCCCUUCCACUCGGCCAAGGUCCUAAGAUGGUUCAAAGCCAAAAGAUUACAUAUCUACAUUUCUCAUCCCAUCGCGCUUGGUUUUUUGUCACAGAAAGUUCUGUUAAGGCCGUCAGCUCUCGCAUUACAUGCGUAACAGUCAGCAUUGCGGAUGCCAGUGGACAACUAGUUGGUGUUAUGAGAUUGAACUCGACCGAUGCACCAAACUUUGGAGAGGCGCCAUGCGAGCUCGUGGCUAUCUCUAGAAGCACGGCAGACUUAGACUUAUUCCAUGACCGGGCACCGCUGGAAGAGGCUUCUGACACGGCGUAUUUGAUGCAGAUCAUAACUUUCCGUGGAAUGCGAUUGCCCCUCGGCACAACACCGGAUGACUAUCGCGCUUUGCAGAAGAUAGUGGGUAUUUACGAAUACUACAAUGUACUCUGGAUCGAAUGA